CCAAAAUCAACGCCCCCUCCCCCGCCCUGAACCAUAACGCCAUGACACUCACCUACGCCUCCAACAAGAGAUCACCUAUAAAACCCACCUCCUCCUCUCUCCCGCUCCCCUUCAAGCCCACCUCUUUCCUCUGCAUCUCCAUGGCCUCCCUCUCCCUCCUCUCCCUCCUCUCCCUCUCCCUCCUCCUCCUCCUCUCCUCCUCGUCCUCCUCCUCCGCCCGCCACACCCACCUCCCCAAACCUCCCCCUGCCCCGCAUUCCACUCCUUCCUCUUCCCCUUCGUCCCCGGAGAUCCAGCAGGCCUGCAAGUCCACCAGAUUCCCCGACCUCUGCGCCUCCCAGCCCUACCGCCUCCCCCCCGCCCCCUCCUCCCUGGACCUCAUCCUCUCCGCCCUCCAGAUCUCCUCCGACCGCCUCGCCACCGCCCAGUCCAUGGUCGACUCCAUCCUCUCCUCCUCCGCCGGCAACAUCAACCGCACCACCGCCGCCAGGAACUGCGUCGAGCACCUCGCCAACUCCCGCCGCCGGACGGAUUCGGCGGCGGGUAACGCGAUCCCGGGCGGCCGCACCAAGGACGCCCGCGCCUGGCUUUCAGCCGCCCUGCUCUACCAGUACGACUGCUGGUCCGCCCUCAAGUACGCCAACGACACGAGCCAGGUCGACCAGACCAUGGCGUUCCUGAACACGCUGACGAUGCUGACCAGCAACGCCCUCAGCAUGCUCGUCUCGUACGACCGGUUCGGGAAGGGCACGGCGGUGUGGCGUCCCCCGGCGACGGAGCGCGACGGGUUCUGGGAGGACGGCCUCGACGGCGGCGGCGGCGGGGGCGGGGCGUCGUCGGGCCUGGGGUUCGAUGGCGGGGUCCCCCCGGGCCUCACGGCGGACGCGACGGUGUGCAAGGACGGGGGCAGCGGAUGCUACGCGACGGUGCAGGACGCCGUCGACGCCGCGCCGGCGAACGGCGGCGGCGGAGGGAAGAGGUUCGUGAUCCACAUCAAGGAAGGGGUGUACGAGGAGACGGUCAGGGUUCCGUUCGAGAAGAAGAACGUGGUGUUCUUGGGGGACGGCAUGGGCAAAACCGUCAUCACGGGGUCGUCAAACGUGGGGCAACCUGGGAUUUCCACCUACAACACUGCCACCGUCGGAGUGCUCGGCGACGGAUUCAUGGCAAGCGGGCUCACGAUCCAGAACACCGCGGGUCCGGACGCCCACCAGGCGGUGGCGUUCCUGUCGGACAGCGACUUCUCGGUCGUGGAGAACUGCGAGUUCCUAGGGAACCAAGACACGCUCUACGCCCACUCCCUCCGGCAGUACUACAAGUCCUGCCGCAUUGAGGGCAACGUGGACUUCAUCUUUGGGAACUCGGCCUCCUACUUCGAGGACUGCCAGAUCCUGGUCCGCCCCCGGCAGGUCAAGCCCGAGAAGGGUGAGAACAACGCGGUCACGGCCCACGGCCGGACCGACCCCGCGCAGUCGACGGGCUUCGUGUUCAACAACUGCUUGGUCAACGGCACCGAGGAGUACAUGGCGUUGUACCGGAGCAAGCAACAAGUGCACAAGGACUUCCUGGGGAGGCCGUGGAAGGAGUACUCGAGGACGGUCUUCAUCGGGUGCAACCUUGAGGCCCUGAUCACGCCUCAGGGCUGGAUGUCGUGGAGCGGAGAUUUCGCCCUGAAGACCCUCUACUACGGGGAGUUCAAGAACACUGGGCCAGGGUCCGACACGUCGAGCAGAGUGUCGUGGAGUAGUCAGGUCCCGGCCGAACAUGUUGAUACGUACUCGGUGAAGAGUUUCAUUCAAGGAGAUGAGUGGAUUCCGACAUCUUCUUGAUCCGAGAUGAUAAAGAGAAAGUUAAUAAGGUCAAGAUUUCUAGUUUAGAGACGAGUGAGAUGGGGAGUUUUUUGAACCCACGACACUGCAGUUCUCACCCGUUUGAUGUGCAUGAAAGCUAUCAAAAUUGUGUAGUUUCAUUGAAUCAAAUAGUGGCAUCGGCUGUUUUGGUCAAGUUACCAUUCUGGGUGAGUGAAAUUACAUUGUCUGUCGAAGGAUGUUUUCGGUUCAUGUAUAGAGCAGGCAAGCAGAGUUUGGUUCUGUAGACCUUUUCCUUCUAUGCUUUUUCUGAUCCGAUGAUUAUUAAUGUCUUGUACCUCUUGGUCUCUC